GAAGGGGCUGGGCCUUCCAGAAUAGGCUUGGCAAGCAGCUAGUCAGAGAUCUAGACCUGGCUAGGAGAGCUGAAGGACAGAGCUCCCUGGCACUACUACCCAAGGUGCAGAGCAGCCCCUUGUAUUGUCAAGCCACAAGACUCCAUGCAGAGGCAGGCAAGCAUGGGCAGCCCCCUGCACCGAGUGUCACUGGGGGACCCCUGGAGCAGGCACAUGCACCCUGACAUCGCCAGCGAGAGAUGCACCCCAUCCUUCAAUGUGGAGCGACUCACCAACAUCCUCGAUGGGGGCAUCGAGAAAACAGCACUGCGGAGACAUGUGGAAAACAUCAUCAGUGGGGACCCAGAGUUCAGCCUGAAGAACAUCUACUUCCUAAGCCAGAAUGAGCACUUCGAGGCUGCCAUCCGUAAGAAAGUUCAUCUCCAGAAACUCGCAUGGAAACUGGGCUGGCCAGAAGAUGGAGAAGAGUUCAAAUAUGCCUACAGAGCUGUCAGUGGAGAGCUGGCUCUCAACAUACACACAAUCUUCAAGAAGUCUAUCAGGAGCCUGGGCUCUGAGGAGCAGAUUGCCAAGUGGACCCCACUGUGUGAAAGGUUCCAGAUCACUGCCACAUAUGCCCAGACAGAACUGGGCCAUGGGACGUAUCUGCAGGGCCUGGAGACUGAAGCCACCUACGAUGCAGCCACCCAGGAGUUUGUGCUCCACAGCCCCACAAUAACAGCAACCAAAUGGUGGCCUGGGGACCUGGGGCGGGCAGCCACACACGCCCUGGUCCAAGCCCAGCUGAUCUGCUCGGGAGUCAGGCAGGGCAUGCAUGCCUUCAUCGUGCCCAUCCGCAGCCUCCAGGACCACAGCCCACUGCCAGGAGUCACCGUUGGAGACAUCGGGCCCAAGAUGGACUUUGAACAAACUGACAAUGGCUUCCUACAGCUGGACCACGUGCGGGUCCCCAGGGAGAACAUGCUGAGCCGCUUUGCGCAAGUCCUGCCAGAUGGCACCUACAUCAAGCUUGGGACAGCACAGAGCAACUACCUGUCCAUGGUAGUGGCGCGCGUGGAGCUGAUCGGGGGUGAGAUCAACUUCCUGCUGAAGAAGGCCUGUGUCAUUGCCACCCGCUACUCUGUCAUCCGCCGCCAGUCCCGGCUCCGGCCCAGUGAUCCGGAGGCAAAAAUCCUAGACUACCAGACACAGCAGCAGAAACUCUUUGUUCCUCUGGCCUGGGCUUAUGCAUUCCACUUCCUGGCAAAUGAACUCCUGGACUUCCUCAACAGUUCCCACGAUGAUAUUUUGAACCGAGACUUUAGUCUCCUGCCAGAGCUGCAUGCACUGAGUGCAGGGAUGAAGGCUAUGGGGUCUGACUUCUGCGCCCAGGGGACCGAGAUAUGUCGCAGGGCCUGUGGCGGACACGGCUACUCCAAGCUCAGUGGCCUGCCCUCCUUGGUCACCAAAGUGACAGGCUCCUGCACCUACGAGGGUGAGAACACUGUGCUCUACUUGCAGGUGGCCAGGUUUCUGGUGAAGAGCUACCAGCAGGUGCAGGGUGCCCCAGGCUCCACAUUGCACAGUGCUCUCGCUCGGUCUGUUGCAUAUCUGGCCGAGCCUGGCCUGGCCAGGUGUCCAGCACAGAAAGCGGCCGACUUCCUCCAGCCAGAGCUCUACACCAAGGCCUGGGCUCAUGUGGCCACCAGACUCAUAAAGAGCUCCAUGCAUCGCUUACAGACUCUGAUGCAAUCCGGGGCCGACUGGCAGGAGGCCUGGAACCAGACCACUGUGGUGCACGUCCAAGCUGCAAAGGCACAUUGCUUCUAUGUCACUGUGAGGACUUUCACAGGCGCUCUGGAGAAUCUGGAGCAAGAGCCAGAGAUUUGGCGGGCUCUCAAAUGCCUCUGUGACCUGCACGCACUGCACGGCAUCCUAACCCACUCGGGAGACUUCCUGCACGAUGGCUUCCUGUCUGGGGCUCAAAUUGAGGAGGUGAGGACAGCCUACCUCGACCUGCUCCUUCUCAUCCGGAAGGAUGCUAUCUUGCUAACUGAUGCCUUUGACUUCACUGAUCAUUGUUUGAACUCAGCACUUGGCUGUUAUGAUGGAAAUGUCUAUGAGCGUCUCUUCCAUUGGGCCCAGAAGUCUCCAACCAAUACUCAGAAACAAAUUUUCUUCUCCUUCUUUUACCCACUGGCCUAGAAGGAAGGUACUCAAGACUGAAAAGUGACCAGAAUACUAAAGAAGUAUCAUCAGGAGUCAUGAAGUCAUAAAAUUUCUUGUAGCUAGAUUUUCUACAAGAUAAAACAUGAUACUUCCCAAGACUGAUUAUACUACUUAGACACAACACAAAGGCAGCAAACUGACCUGCAAGGAAAGAGAUCAGCAGGUUGCUGAUGUCACAUGCAGGGUAGGGCAAAGGCUAGCUAGUCGGGUCUGUACUCCAAUUAACUUUUUUUUUCUUUUCUUUCUUUCUCUCUUUUUUUUUUUUUUUUUUUUUUGCCAACAGAGUUAUUGCUGGGGCACUGGGCCUGAGUGAUCUGCUUUUGCAGAAAUAUAUAUAUAUAUAUAUAUAUAUAAUACAGGGUAAGACAGAGGAGAGACACCACAGCACUGCAGCACCACUCAUGAAGCUUCUCUGUGCAGGUGCUCCCAGGUGGUAGCCAGGAACUCAAACCUGGAUCCUCCUAAAUGCUAAAAUUGUGUACUCUGCCUGUGUGAGCCAUAGAGUAAAUCAUUUGUACUGCC